AUAAUUAGCACACAAAAAAGUUGCACGUCCCAUAUCAGCAUCCGAAUUCUGAUAAGUUGUCAAUGGCUUAUGUAGAACAAAUGUGAACCAGGCUUGUGUAUCAUCUUUAUAUUGUUUUUGGUGUAAUCGACCAGAUCGGUUGUUAUCAUAAAAACUAGACUAUUUAUAUAUCGCGAUUAAAUGGUUAAGUGAUUCAGUCUCAACUUACCUCGAAUGAUAUAGGUCCAUUCUAAGUCAACGUCUUUGAACUACAUAUCAGAGGCAGCGAUAAAUAGUUGAAUUCUUAUUGUGUUACUAUGGAUUAUAUUACUUUCGGAGCCGUAUAAGAAAUUCAUAAAAAGCAUCUAUACAUAUUAUUUCAACCCAUUAGUCUGCAAAGCUUAGCUGUAUGAAAAGAUUGUUUUGAGCGUGAUGCCCCAGGAAGAUACUCCGCUCAUUCACUCGAGUGAGCUACCUAUCCCUCGCUAUAGCCGAAGUCAUAUAAGAAAGUUAAACAAGACCAAAAACUACUUUUCAGGUCUCGACGAAGAGGUAUUUUCGUUGUCUUUAUAAACGCACAUUAAAUUAUUGGCAUAACUAUAUUCACUCUGUACUGUCUGUCCCUCGGGUUUUUUCUCGUUUAAUUUUUGUUUUCUGUAUAUUAGGACGUUAUCUCGAGUUUUUUCUUGUUAGUAUAUUUUUGCUGUUUUUUUGUAUAUUAUUCAGAUGUUGUCAUCCUGCGCACUCUUUUUCUGUUACUCUUUAUGCUAAUGUGUAUUGAGUCCAUUCGAACGACAGGAAUACAUGUUGGCUGAUACUCAAGAGAGCGAGAGGGACACGAAUACUCCCAGAAAUGCAUUUCAAGUUUUUUUUCAACACAUAUUUUCUGCUUAUUGGCUUGGCGCAGCUAAUCCCCGCUCUGAGAGUUGGAUACAUCUUUACGAACUUCGCACCUCUAGUAUUAGUGUUGACCAUUACGAUCGGUAAGGAGGCCUACGAUGACUACCAGCGACGAAAACGUGACGAAGAGGCAAACUCAAAAAUUUACUACAGACACACUCAAGAGGGUCUGGUGCCUACCCCGAGUUCCGAGUUAAAGGUGGGCGACAUAAUAGAGAUAAGCACAGACCAAAGUGCGCCGGCUGAUUUGGUACUACUGAAGACAACUGAAAAAUCUGGUGGGUCUUUUGUUCGAACGGAUCAACUAGACGGGGAAACUGAUUGGAAACUACGAAAAGCCAUAUUAUCGACUCAAGGGCUGUCCGUCAAUGAGAUCCUACAAAUUAAAGCAACUUUGUAUGCAGAGGUGCCGCGCAAGGAAAUCUACGAGUUUGUCGGUACAUUUUCGAGGUACGAGGCCAACGGUGUUGAGAUUAACGAAUCACUUUCCUUGGAAAACACCGUUUGGGCUGAUACCGUCGUGGCAAGCGGGACCAUAUAUGGUAUGGUGAUCUACACUGGCACUGAGAGGCGUUCUUCAAUGAACACCAGCCAGCCGAAGAGCAAAGUGGGCAAGCUCGACUACGAACUGGAUUUUAUCGUCAAAUGCCUCUUUGCUUUGGUGGGCACGCUCGCACUCUCUAUUGAAGCGCUUGACGGCUUCCGCGGCAAUUGGGUGGUUUUACUUAUGAGAUAUAUUGUCAUGUUUUCUUCUAUCAUACCUGUUUCACUUCGCGUCAACCUCGAUAUGGGCAGACUUUUAUAUUCCUAUCUUAUCAACCGCGACCAUCUCAUUCCAGGAACGAUUGUUAGGAACUCUGCUAUACCAGAAGAAUUGGGUAGGAUUGGCUUCUUGUUGACGGAUAAAACGGGAACUUUGACCAAAAAUGAGAUGGUAUUUAAGAGGCUUCAUCUCGGCUCGGUUGUUUACAACCAAGAGGUCAUUGGGAAUAUAGCCACUGAGCUUUCUAGGGCGUACGAAUCAAAUAGCAGCUUUUCGUCUACGAUUUUUUCUGAGUCAAAUAGGUCUAAAGAGAUAUCUCAAAAAGUUCUUACUGCCAUCACCGCUAUCUCGGUCUGUCACACCGUGUCGUCUAUACGAGAUGAGAUAGGGAAUGUAACAUACCAGGGAUCUUCUCCGGACGAAGUUGCUCUCGUGAAACUCACAGACGAGGUUGGCAUGGUUCUCGAUUCAAGAAGUUCGACGCAUAUCUCGAUUAGAGCACCGGAUGGUCAAUUGGAUACUUACGAGAUCCUCUCACUUUUUCCAUUUACCUCGGAGCUGAAGCGCAUGGGCAUAGUUGUCAGGAGCUCGCGAACGGGUCAGAUUACCUUUUACGCGAAGGGCGCGGACGUGUCUAUGUCGAAAAUUGUUAAACCGACUGACUGGUUGGAUGAAGAGUGUUCCAACAUGGCUCGGGAGGGACUGCGCACUCUAGUCUUUGGCAUGCGUCAUAUAUCGAAUCAAGAGUACGAGUCGUGGAGCGAGCAUUACAAUGCAGCUAAAUUACUCAUUCAGAACCGAGAAAAGAGUAUUACAGCUGCUAUCGAGAAAUUGGAGCACAACCUUCAGGUUGUUUGCAUCACUGGCGUUGAGGACAAGCUGCAACAAGAUGUCAAACCCACCAUGGAGAAACUGCGCAAUGCUGGGAUAAAAAUUUGGAUGCUUACUGGAGAUAAGGUAGAGACGGCAAUUUGUAUCGCGAUCUCUGCUAGAAUGGUGAUGCGCCAGCAAUCUAUUUACCAAAUGAUUGCCAGAAACGAGGCGGACGUUUUCGCGCACUUGAAUGCGUUUGCACUAAAGAAAGAUACAGCCUUGGUCAUAGACGGGGGUACUUUGCAAAUCUGCCUGGACAACUGCCCUAGUCUCUUUAUCGACGUUGCAGCCGAAGCACCUGCCGUAGUGUGUUGUCGUUGCUCUCCCACACAGAAGGCAGGAAUCGUAAAACUAGUCAAAGAACAAAUAGGUGUGCGGACGUGCGCCAUCGGAGAUGGUGGUAAUGAUGUGUCGAUGAUUCAAAAUGCGGACGUUGGUUUGGGAAUUGUCGGCUGUGAGGGCAGGCAGGCAAGUCUAGCUGCAGAUUUUAGCAUCAAUCAAUUUUCAUUUAUUGCUCCAUUGCUGUUUUGGCACGGAAGAAAUUCAUAUAGACGUUCUGCGCGUCUCGCCCAGUUUAUCAUUCACCGUGGGCUCGUUAUUGCGUUCAUCCAGGCUAUAUUUUCUGCUACCUUUUAUUUCUCUGCCAUACCCAUUUACAAUGGAUGGCUGACUGUAGGGUACACAACCGCUUUCACCUGCGCAGCGGUGUUCUCUCUUGUCCUUGAUACAGACGUUUCACGAGCUCUCUGCCUCCAGUAUCCAGAACUCUACCAAGAACUACAAAAGGGAAGAAACAUGAACCUCAAGGUGUUUUUCAUUUGGAUCUUCAUCUCUAUAUACCAAGCCGGAAUGAUAAUGCUCAUCACUCUCAUCCUCUUCAACAACUCUUUGCACUCUAUUGUCACUAUUACCUACACCGCUCUGAUUUUUGCGCAGCUCCUGAACAUUGCCUUUGAAAUCUAUCACUGGGACUGGAGAAUCAUCGCAACUGAAAUUGGUAGCUUCCUCAUCUACGCCAUAAGCAUAGUGGUGCUGAAGAGCACCUUCGAUGUACUGUUUAUUUUCAACAUUACCUUUAUAUGGAAAAUAUUGGUUAUAACUUCUGUGGCAACCAUUCCGAUUUACAUAGUGCGCUUCGUCAAGAAGAAGUGCGACCCCCCAGCCUACUCUAAGCUAUCUGGCUAGAGCUGUGGCAAGCGUUACCCUGAAGUGCAUUCGUGAAUAGCGCAUACAGAGAGGCAGUUUUGUGUAAAAUUAUAAUGAAGUUAUGUUUUUUUUUACUAUUUA